AUGGAACCUAAGACGGCGCGGAGCUGCCCCAACUCGCCCAAGGCACGCAGCGAGUUGGAAGCCCGAGACAGAGCUCCUGGCAGCUCUCACACACUCGGUGACACUCACACUGCUCCCGUCUCCGUCUCUCACACUCGUAGCGCAGGGUGA